AUGCCGCGCGCGAACGCGUCUCGCGCGAACGCGCGCGCGGAGACGGCGAUCGGGAACCUCUUCGCCGACGUCGAGGGCGACGGGACGCUCGAGGCGUUGGCACCGACGGGGAAAGGAUCGAACGCGGUGAACGAACGAACGAUCACGACGACGACGACGACGACGACGACGACGCACGCGAACGCGUCUAUGGGACGGACAUGUAAGGAGUGUGGAACCGCGCGGACGUCUAAGUGGCGUAAACCGCUGAGCGGUGGAUUCGGCGACGGGGAGCGAGUGUGCAAGGCGUGUUUUCAAAAGCAGAGGCGGAAGGAGUGCGCGAGCGGGGCGAGCGGACGACAAUGCGCGUGUUGCGGAGAGACGCGAUCGAGAGGUGAGUGGGUGAAGGCGAAACGAGAGUUGUGCGACGCGCGUGAGGAUGUUUUGGUGGAAGGGGACGUGUGGUGCACGAAGUGUCAUCUCAAGAAGAAGGCGAAGAAGUUGGAGAAGGUUGGCGCGGAGAAGACGUGUCCGAAGUGUGACGCGUCGCGAGUGGGUUUGAAGUUGGUGACGAACCCGGAUGCGAAGGAGGUCGCGACGCUGCCGAAGAUUUGUACGACAUGUUACGCCAAGGCGAGGUAUCGUGAUAAGUACGCCAAGCGCAAGUGCGCGCAGUGUAAGACGAAGAAUAUCGACAGAGGGGAAAAAUGGCAUCACCUUCCGCCUGAGGAGAACGAUGAGAAAAGAGACAAGUGGGUAUGUCCGAAUUGUCAUUACGCUCGCAAAAAGCUGGAAUGGCGCGCGGCGAAGAUCGGGCAGAUACAAGCAAGCGUCGCUUUCGGCGCGGCGUCGACGGGAAAGAGCAACGGCGUCAUCGGUCACUGCGACAUCUGCGGGCACGACAAACCGUCGGGACAGUGGCGUAAGAUCGACGGCGGUAGCGCGUGCUCGGCGUGUUACCAGCGACGGUGGCGCAAGGAGGCACGAGAGGAAUUGGAAAAUGCGGGGGAGAGCAACACCGGCGAGCGCCUCGUAUCCGUAUAA